CCCAGGCGGCUGGGAGCGCACGCGAGCCGGCUAGGGCCGCGCGGGCAGCGCCCUGAGCCCGUCCCGCGCCCGCGGGCCCCGCCAAGCAGAGGAGCGCCCCGGGAUGCCCCGGCGGCCCGGAGCGCGGGCAGCGGCAGCGGCGACCGCGCAGUGAGGGCGGCGGCGCCCGCGGGACCCGUGACUGUCAGGAGCUGCUGCCACCGCCCCCGACCCCCAUGGCCUACACCCCUGGCGGGGGCGCCCCAGCAGCGGGGGUGGCCCCCAUGGGCUCUCAGUACUGCGUGUGCAAGGUGGAGCUGUCAGUGAGUGGCCAGAACCUGCUGGACCGGGACGUCACCUCCAAGUCCGACCCCUUCUGUGUCCUCUUUACAGAGAACGAUGGCAGGUGGAUGGAGUACGACAGGACAGAAACUGCCGUCAACAACCUCAACCCCGCGUUCUCCAAGAAGUUCGUCCUCGACUACCACUUCGAGGAGGUGCAGAAGCUCAAGUUUGCCCUGUUUGACCAGGAUAAGUCCAGCACACAACUCGAUGAGCAUGACUUCCUGGGCCAGUUCUCCUGCAGCCUGGGCACGAUCGUCUCCAGCAAGAAGAUCACUCGGCCUCUGCUGCUGAUGAAUGACAAGCCCGCAGGGAAGGGCCUGAUUACGAUUGCUGCCCAGGAGCUGUCAGACAACCAGGUCAUCACACUGAGUCUGGCGGGCAGGAAGCUGGACAAAAAGGACCUCUUCGGAAAGUCAGACCCAUUUCUCGAGUUCUAUAAACCAGGAGAUGACGGCAAGUGGAUGCUGGUUCACAGGACUGAGGUGAUCAAGUACACGCUGGACCCUGUGUGGAAACCAUUCACUGUGCCGUUGGUGUCCCUGUGUGAUGGGGACCUGGAGAAGCCCAUCCAGGUCAUGUGCUACGACUAUGACAACGACGGAGGCCAUGACUUCAUCGGCGAGUUCCAGACGUCAGUGUCGCAGAUGUGUGGGGCUCGUGAUGGUGUCCCGCUGGAGUUCGAGUGCAUCAACCCCAAGAAGCAAAGGAAGAAAAAGAACUAUAAAAACUCGGGCAUCAUUAUCCUGCGUUCCUGCAAGAUAAACCGGGACUACUCUUUCCUGGACUACAUCCUGGGAGGCUGCCAGCUCAUGUUUACAGUUGGGAUAGACUUCACAGCCUCCAAUGGGAAUCCCCUGGACCCUUCCUCUUUGCACUACAUCAACCCCAUGGGCACCAACGAGUAUCUGUCAGCCAUCUGGGCUGUCGGGCAGAUCAUUCAGGACUAUGACAGUGACAAGAUGUUUCCGGCUCUGGGCUUUGGGGCCCAGUUACCCCCAGACUGGAAGAGAGAGAGAGAGAGCAGCUGGCGUUUUGAAGGCUCACUCUGGCUGCUGAGUGCGGACCGGCUAGGGUCUCCCAUGAGUUUGCCAUCAACUUCAACCCCACCAACCCCUUCUGCUCAGGUGUGGACGGCAUCGCCCAGGCAUACUCGGCUUGCCUGCCGCACAUCCGCUUCUACGGCCCCACCAACUUCUCUCCCAUCGUCAACCACGUGGCUCGGUUUGCAGCCCAGGCCACACAGCAGCAGACAGCCACGAACUUGCAGUCUAGCAGGGAGCCCUGCCUGGAAACCAGCUGUGGAUGCAAGCAGUACUUUAUCCUCCUCAUCAUCACGGACGGCGUCAUCAGUGAUAUGGAGGAGACACGUCACGCCGUGGUGCAGGCUUCCAAGCUGCCCAUGUCCAUCAUCAUCGUGGGCGUGGGCAACGCCGACUUCGCUGCCAUGGAGUUCCUGGAUGGGGACAGCCGCACCCUGCGCUCCCACACGGGGGAGGAGGCCGCCCGCGAUAUCGUGCAGUUCGUGCCCUUCCGAGAGUUUCGCAACGCGGCAAAAGAGACGCUGGCCAAAGCUGUGCUGGCAGAACUGCCCCAGCAAGUUGUGCAGUAUUUCAAGCAUAAAAACCUGCCCCCCACCAACUCGGAGCCCGCCUGAGUGCCAGCCCGCGCCCAGCAGCAGCAUGCCGGCUGGGCACCCCCCUCCCCCCCCCAGGAACGUGCACGCGCACCCUGCUUCCUCGUGGGUGGCUCUUUUAACUGAUCCACAUUUUUUUUACAACUGGACCUCCACCCCCAACUUCCCCCAGCCCAGCUGGGCUUCCUUUGUUGGAGUCGACGGAUGAUGCUUCCGGGCCAAACUGGCUUCCUCCCUACCCUUAAGUAUUGAAUGUACUUUGUAUAAUUUUAGUGGAAUUACGGUUAUUAAAGAGAAAAUUUUUACAAUCAUAACGCUUUUUCCAAGUAACUAGCUGCAGACUCUGAAAGGAAUGUGUCCCCAGUGCAUACUUUGUGUCAUUGCCUGCACCUAAUUCUUGCUCUGUUUUUUUAUACUGUGACUGUGUUCUAUUUGUAAUACUCAGGGUAAUAAAGGAGUUUCAGAUGUC